AUGUUAAUGCGUAAUGCUAUGAUGCAAUGUUCCAUUGAUCCAAAAAAAAAAAUGACAGUAGUUGAGGGUGAUGGUGUAGGACCGGAAAUUACGGACGCAGUAAUGCAAAUAUUCGAUAUUGCCAGUGUGCCUAUAGAAUGGGAGAAAGUAUCUGUUGCCCCAAAACUGGAUGAUAAAGGCAAUAUGGUGAUACCCGCAGAAGCGUUGGAAUCGUUUAAGAGAAAUAAAAUUGGUCUUAAGGGACCGCUUAUGACGCCAGUCGGUAAAGGCUUCCGCUCCCUGAAUAUAACCUUACGUAAGGAAUUUAAUUUGUAUGCCAAUGUCAGGCCAUGUAAGAAUAUUGAGGGUUGUUCGACCCCUUAUAAAGACGUCGAUAUAGUUACCGUACGUGAAAAUACCGAAGGCGAAUAUUCAGGUAUAGAACAUGAAAUUGUUGACGGUGUUGUGCAAUCAAUUAAAUUAAUUACUAAAGACGCCUCAAUGCGUGUAUGCAAAUACGCCUUCGAGUAUGCGAAAAAGAAUCGACGCAAAAAGGUGACGGUCGUGCAUAAGGCCGACAUAAUGCACCUUUCGGACGGUUUAUUUUUGAAUAGUGCCAAAAAAGUUGCUAAACAAUAUCCGGACAUCAAGUUCGACGAUUUGAAUUUAGCUACUCUUUGUCUCAAUAUUGUGCAAGACCCAUCAGAGUUUGAUGUUUUGGUUAUGCCAAAUUUAUAUGGCGACAUUAUUUCGGACACGUGUUCCGGUUUAAUAGGUGGCUUAGGUUUAACCGCUUCCGUCAAUAUGGGGGAUGAGGUGGCAAUUUUUGAAGCCGUACAUGGAACUGCUCCAGAUAUAGCUGGCAAAGAUAUGGCAAAUCCGACGGCUCUGCUUUUAUCCGCCUUAAUGAUGCUCGAACAUAUGGGCUUAGAGGAUAUGCAUAAACAAAUAAGCUCAGCAGUUUAUGCCGUACUUAAAGAGGGUAAAGUGCGAACAAAAGACUUGGGUGGCGUAUCAACAUGCUCGGAAUAUACAGAAGAGAUUUGUACCAAACUUGUGGCUACCUAAUCAUCAUCAUAGCAUAUUUCAACAUGUAAUAGCAUGUUAUAUAAAUUUGAAUAAAAGAGAUCAUAUAAAUAUAAACCAUUGUCUUAUAUAAUUUGAAGAUCUGCCAAAGUCGGAAUACUUCGAGGCACACGAAACUAUUUGAAUAUAUUAAAUGCUUAUUCGGUAAUGAUAUCUAAAUAAUUGGACGGAAAGGAAAACUUGUGG